UAGCGAAGUCAUUCUUAUUGAUAAUCUGUCACUGUCAUAAAAAAGAUUCAGUUAUCAGUGGAAGUUCGAGAUAUCGACAACGUUCUAAUUUACAAAAAAAUUGUAAUUGUUUAAAGUGAUUAUUAUUUAAAAAUGCCUCGUCGAGGACGUUCUGCAAGCCCACCGCCGGCGCCACAGCGAAGAGCUGCGCCACCACCAAGCCGUGUACCAGCUCAUGCUCCUCCAUCAACACCAGCUCCAGCUAUGGCUCAGCCUCAGCAGCCUUCUAUGUUUAGCCAAAUGGCAGCCACUGCUGGAGGUGUUGCUGUAGGAUCUGCAGUGGGUCACGUAGCUGGUAGUGCUAUAACUGGUAUGUUUAGCGGAGGUAGCAGCAGUGAGCCAGCACAGCAGCAGCAAGCAGCACCUGCUCAGGCUAAUUAUGCCCAACAACAGCAACCGUCGGGCCCUUGCGCUUGGGAAAUAAAGCAAUUCAUUGAAUGUGCUCAGCAGCAACAUGAUCUCUCCCUGUGUGAAGGGUUCAAUGAGGCUCUUCGUCAAUGCAAAAUCACCAAUCAUAUUUAAUUGAAUGCAUUAGGUGCCUCAUAGAAAAAUCUUAAAAAAAAAACAAUGGUUUUUGUUUUUCAUAAUCCUCUUGCCUGGUUUUGUAAAAACUGGGUCAAAACAUACAUCUGUUUUAAAGUCUACCUCAAACUUAAGAUGUUCCAUUUUAAUAUUAAUUUGAGGCACCUACCUAGUAAUUAUUAUAAUAUGUAAUUUUUGUUGGAGUAACAAUUCUUAUUGUUUUUACUAAAUUUUAGUUAUUAUAUUUUUAUUAAAUUGACAAUGUAGAUCAAGGAGUAUCCCAUUUAUUAUUUUAAUAUUGUUACUUACUUUUAAAUUAUAAAUAAAAUAGAGUAGAAACCAUAA